UAUGCAAAGGCCCUCAUCCACAAAGGCCACAGUUAUCUGUUUUGGUAUCCAGAGCCAGAAUGUAGUGCAUCUGAUGAGUUCAUGAGUGCAGGUGUACAAUCUGGGGAUGUAGGGAUUCACAAUGAUUUAGGGGGCUUUGACUUUCUCUUCAACAUCUUUGAAAAUGCUGAACAUCCAAUCAAU